AUGCACGGCGAAGUACGUCAGAGAAUUAACAUGGGCAACCGGGCAUAUUUUGCAAUAAAAAAAAUGGUGUCGCGGAAAACAAAAGAAGUACUAUAUAUUUGCUAUUUAAGACCAAUUGUCAUGUGUGCUUGUAAGACUGAACCAUGGCCAAUGACAAAGAGUGACGAUUAUAAUAUUUUGAAAGAAAUAGAUAUUAAGAAAGAUAAAAAGAACUCAAGCGCAGGAGACUACGAAAGGUGGAAAAAUGUAGAGUUAGAACAGUUGUAUAACAAACCAAGUAUCAAAAAUAUGUGGCACGCCAAAAGGCUUGAUCGGGUUGGGCACAUGUGGUGA